AUGUCGAAGAGAAAGGGUAAUGAGAUAAAUGUUAAGAAUAUGGAGAAAGACAAUACUGAGCUCACGUCCACGUCAGAACCUUCUUCUGCAGCUCCCCCAAUAGAACGGUGCAUUGAAAUAACCAUCAAAGCGAUAGAAAAUAUUAUACGAAAGCAUAACAUGCUCUUGACUGUUUCCAUUCAACACAAGGAUCUUAUACUGGGAGAAAGUGAUGCCAUAGAUAUUUUACCAAAUUCUCCAGAUCCUCCAGCUGCGUACGAUAUCAAUUAUACUGUACAAUUUCCAAUAACUGUCAAUAAGCGAAGUAGUAUAGAUGCAGUGUUAUCCGCUCCGAUUCUCAAUAAUAUUCUAGUAAAAGUAACGGAGAGAUUUAAUGAGAAUGCAGAAAUUCAUAGUCCCAUUUCGGAGCAGAAUGUCUCCAAGAAAAAAACAAGGAACAAAUCUGCUGCUAAAAAUUCUCAGCCUACAAAUGAGACAAAACUCACUGGAAUAUGUAGUUUGGAUGUGAUGCCUUUAUUAUUGGGUGAAAAAUGUGUAACGGAAAAGUUAAUAAUGGAAAUUCCAAAGAUGUCUUACAGCGGUGCUGCUGUUUCAUGGCCAAAUCUUCCCAUGUUGAUUGUCACCAUGAAACACGAUAAAGAAAUUGAUUUUUUUCCUCAAGACAUGCAAGCGAAUUUUCUUACUAUUACCUUGGAAAGCAUUUAUAAUCCAUUACCCAGUUUUACUGAUGAUUAUGAGUUCAUAGGUGGUACAAUUGCGUAUAUCGACAGCGAGGUACCGGAUGACAUAAUAUUUAAAGACGGAAGGUGGACAAAAGUUUGUGAUUUUGAAAGAAAUAAACGUUGGCAGGAAUUGCAUUUCCUGGAGAAUCGAGCAAAAAAUUCUAAACAAAAACUUAAUUGUGACGCUAAAGGUACAAAGAACGAGUUCAAGACUGUCUUUGACCUGAAGAAAAAGAUGGAGGAACAUGCACCAAGAAUCGAAUGGAAUUAUAUGAGUCGCCAUAUCAUUUUACACAUAGGAAAUCGAUUGAUGCAGGAACAUAUUAACAAAUACAAAUAUUGGCCAUUUGUAUUUAUGAUGACGCCAAAGCAUUUUGGAGGGAGCCAAUCAAAAAGCAAAGACACGUCUCAACCACAACUUUAUCAAUGUUACAUCGACGUGACCGAGUUACUUUAUCCAGGAAGUAAUUAAUUAAUUAACGAUAUGACGAGUGAAUACAUUGAUAAAUAA